AUGGCGACGCAGCAUAAUCACGACGAUCCGAGAGGGUUUGGCAUGCAUAGUGAGACGCCGGUUGUAACGAACGAAGAAGAGUGCGAAGAUGAAGAAACAGAAACGGACGAGGAAGAGGAAUACUACGUAAAUCAUCAAGAAGUUGCUGCCGAACACAAGACCGAAGCAACCCGUUUCGAGGAUCAAGCACAAGCUCUCAAGAAAAGACUACAAAAUGGCGAGAGGAUACCUCUGGGAGACAUCAGCGGCAACUAUACGCUUUACUCGUCUCAACAUUUGGACAUAUAUGCUCAGAAUCCAGACCAGUGGUGGGAAAAGAGAAAUAACAUCGAAGACUGGGAAGCCGGAAGCCUGAAAAUCGGUAGGCAGUACUUAGAGCCACUGUUGCCUAAAGGUGAUAAAGAAAUUGGAGUCAAGCUCGAUCUCAUGGACGAACCGGAAGACGGGUUUUGGAUGGACAUCAGGAGCCCUCCGCAGUUCGCGUCACAAGACCCAGCCGGAACGUUUGCCUAUGGCACUGUGGAUGAGGCUGCCUUUGAUUGUCAACUCAUGUUCUUGGGUGAGGGUGUGUUGGAGCUCUGCUUUCCAGGCAACAAAUUGAGGUGCAGAGGAUUGCCUGGCUAUGUGCGUUACGUUGGUGUCUGGGGUGCGAUGGACGACUCGGAUGACGAUUUUGAUUAUGAUUCGGAACCUUUUGGAUACUGA